CAAGUAUUGUUUCAAGUGUUGGACGCGAAACAUCUGAAGUGAAGUAAAAGAACAUGCAAAAAUCAUUCUGGAUAUUCGUCGGUCUUUUGGCCCUUCAUCAGGCGGCAUGUCGCUUUGUAAAUGAGGAUCAAACUGUUUCGCCACCUUGUGUCAGCCAAACAGACACUUGGGGCUCACCAGCACUCAAUGAGUUUCAUCUCUGUGCAAACAAUGUGACUUACACCAUCACCUGCAGUCCGAAUUUUUACUAUGUGAGCAACAGCACAGUAGCUGGGUGCAUUCCCGCUACCCUAAUGGAUCCCCAGUGCAUUGAUGUCCAUCUUCAGCCACCUGUCUGCACCGCCAACAAUCUGUGGAGGAUGCUACGCAGUAACACUCUAACUGGAUUCUAUGUCUGUGAAUCUGUUGAUGCUAAGCCCCAGUUGUACACAUGUCCCGAUGGUAAAAAGUUCGCCGAGAACGAUGAAUAUUCGGGCUGCUUCGAUUGGGAGAUGUGGCGCAAAGUGAGCGGCUGCAAGACAUAUACGCUUUAAAGACAAGAGUAUUUUAUUCACACAAUCUUUUGUCGCUGCCCAAUACACAGUUCGCGGCAUUACUAUAAGAUAAGCCUGCCACAAUGUCUAGCAUUUUAAUUACGCUUUUAUUUGUCUGUGUUGUCUGUGUCGUCUGAUUAUAUUUAUUAGAUGAUUUUUUGUUCGGUAAACACAGUAUAUAAAUUAAUUUUCAAAAUUGAUAAUAAACGAAUUACCCCACGCGCCGUGCCAGUUGUUAAUCUAUUUAUUCGAUAAGAUAAAUCGCAUCAAACUUCUAUGAUAAAUACAAAAAAAAGUAAAAAUUAUAUUAAAAAUAUAUAACAGAAAACAAAUUGAU